AUGGAAUCACGGUUAACCCCAUAUGCAGAGGAGAAAAUUCCUCGUGUACCAUUCGACGCCGCCCGAGCAGGUAUUUCGUUGUUAAUUCCAUGCAAGUUCUACUUAUCUACCGCAGUGAACGAUAAAAUGCAGACUCUGGAAAAUAAACAGAAAAAUAAGGACAAAGAAGCCUUGAAAAUAUUCCAGAUAAUCCAAACUCCAGAAAAUGGAUAUUUCCCAAAUAAUCUCCGGAGAAAGAAAAAUUAUGUGCAUUAUGAAUAUGAAACACCAGGAGAAUAUCAUAUUCAAGCGAUACACAAGUAA